AUCCAUUGUUAUCUUACUCUCCGGAUAGUAUUUUCGAACGCACCGCAUUGCGAUGGAGAAGCGGUAACACUGCAAUGUGCCUAUAAUAUAACCUCUAUUAAAAGUCACAGAAUAUGACAAAAUUAUAAUAUACAUUUACAAGAACAAGUAAUAGUGUCAGUGACAGUACUGUCAAUAAUUAGUAUAUAACAGUUAAAAAUGGCACGAAAUGCGGAAAAGGCUAUGACAACACUUGCUCGUUGGAGAGCAGCGCAAAAUAAUGAAGGAGCAAAGAAAGAACAGGAGCGAAGGCCAUAUCUUGCUUCAGAAUGUAGAGACUUACGCAAGGCGGAAAAAUGGAGAAUGCAAAUAAUUCGGGAAAUUGCAAAAAAAGUUGCACAAAUUCAAAAUGCUGGGCUUGGUGAAUUCCGUAUUCGUGAUUUAAACGAUGAGAUCAAUAAAUUGCUUAGAGAAAAACGGCAUUGGGAAGCACAAAUAAAAGAGCUCGGUGGACCUGAUUAUUCCAGAGUAGGACCUCGUAUGUUAGAUCAUGAAGGACGUGAGGUUCCUGGUAAUCGAGGUUAUAAAUAUUUCGGGGCUGCUAAAGAACUACCAGGUGUUAGGGAAUUAUUCGAACAAGAACCGCCGCCACCUCCUCGGAAAACUCGUGCGGAAUUGAUGAAAGAUAUCGAUGCGGAUUAUUAUGGUUACAUGGAUGACGAUGACGGUAUUCUAAUACCAUUGGAACAAAAAGCAGAACAAGAAGCAAGAGAAAAAUAUAUCAAAGAAUGGAUGUCUCGCAAGAAAGAACCAGAAGCCAAUGUUGAAACAACGGCGCAGAAACCAAUUCCUUCUCAACAAGAUAUUCAAGAAGCUCUAUUAGUUAGAAAAAAGAAAGAGUUACUGGAAAGGUAUGGGCUGGAUUAGAGUUUUAUCUGAAAUAUGUUGUAAAAAAAGUUCCGAUAAUUGUAAGUUUAUUGAUAGAAUACAUUUUUAUAAAACGCGAUGGAGAUGUAAUAAUUAUUGUUAAUUUAUAAGUACGCGUAAUAACAUUGAUUAAGAUAAUUAGUUUGUGCAGUAGACAUUCAAACUUGAAUUAAUGUUUAUCGAGAAACGGGUGCUAUAGAUAAAAUAUAGAUCAAAAUCCAACAUUAUAGUCUGUUUAUAAUCUUCGCGAUCUGGUAUCUUUCUCAUGAUUUUAUCUCAUAUUUCGCGAUUUUGAAAAAUUGACGAAAUAUUAAGAUUUAAAUGAUAUAGCGAUUAACAAGUAAUCGUUAUUACCUAAUCUAGCAAUUCUCGUACGUUCUUAUUCUCACAAAUGUAUCUAUGGAAUGUAACAAAGCAAUUCAUAUGUUGGAACUUCAGAUCUCUCGGCUUUUUAUCGUCUUGAUAUUGCAAGUAUCAAUGAAUAAUAAGAGUCAAAUAUAGGAAACUUUUUUCUAAAAAGAAAAUUCGUGAAAAUUUUAUCACGUUUUCUAAAGAUCUCUAACUAGAGAUUAUAUAAUCCCAGUGCAGUGUUCUAAAAUAAAAUGUAAUAUGGUGAUCCAGUCACUCCCUAUACAAAUCCAAUAUCGACUUUUCAUGCAAAACACUAGAAAACUUGUAAGAUUAAUGUUAUCACAAUUACAUUAUAUUAAAUUCAAAGAUUUAAAAGGCCUAAAAAUUACCCUGAAAAACUACCUGCUAAUUCAACAUAUAUUACUCACAUAAUAUGACUGGAAAUCCUUGCAUUUUCUCAAAGUUUAGUUUGUGUCUUGUGUAAAAUAAAUGUUCAAUAAUAAUCUUAUAAUAGAGA